CGCUGCGCAUUCCGUAUCCGUGAAGCUCGAGUGUAUUGUUCUGUGGGCCAGUCAGUCUUGAUUCGAUAUAGCUACGUAGGCACGUAGAGAAUUUAGAUAAGUAGUGGUUGAAUUCGGUAAAUUUGGGGCUCCAAGAUGCCUCUAUUUGGUAAAAAAGAUUUCGGUAGAAAAUCGAAGAAAGAAAGUCGAGAUUCAGAAAAGCAGCCUUCUAUAGAGGACAAGUAUGUCGUCAAAGACUUGCUGGGUACUGGAGCUUUCUCAGAGGUGCGUUUGAUAGAGAGGAAAGAGGAUGGGCAAUUGUUUGCGUGCAAGAUCAUUGAUAAAAAAGCCCUCAAGGGUAAAGAAGAUUCUUUAGAGAACGAAAUCAGAGUUCUGAAGAGAUUCAGUGAGAAUGCAAAAGAUGAAGGUGGUGGUGAUAAGAAAAUGUUUUCGCAUCCUAACAUCGUCCAGCUGCUGGAAACGUACGAGGACAAAAGCAAAGUCUACCUGGUGAUGGAAUUAGUGACAGGUGGCGAGUUGUUCGACAGGAUUGUCGAGAAGGGUUCGUACACCGAAAGAGAUGCGUCCAAUCUAAUAAGACAAGUGUUGGAAGCUGUUGACUAUAUGCACACCCAAGGAGUCGUGCACAGAGACCUGAAGCCUGAGAACCUGCUGUAUUAUAGUGCAGACGAAGACAGUAAGAUUAUGAUCAGUGAUUUUGGUUUAUCUAAGAUUGAGGAUUCUGGGAUAAUGGCAACUGCUUGUGGUACACCAGGGUAUGUGGCACCUGAAGUGUUAGCACAAAAGCCUUAUGGGAAAGCAGUGGAUGUUUGGAGCAUAGGUGUAAUAUCCUAUAUUCUUCUCUGUGGAUAUCCUCCAUUCUAUGAUGAGAAUGAUGCAAACCUGUUUGCACAAAUUCUGAAAGGGGAUUUUGAGUUUGACUCUCCAUACUGGGAUGACAUUAGUGACUCCGCUAAAGAUUUCAUUCGACAUUUGAUGUGUGUGGAUGUAGACAAGCGAUAUACUUGCAAACAAGCUUUGGCCCAUCCUUGGAUUUCGGGCAACGCUGCUAGUAGCAAAAAUAUACAUGGAACUGUUUCCGAGCAGCUCAAGAAGAACUUUGCUAAGUCACGUUGGAAACAAGCAUACCAUGCUACAACAGUCAUCAGACAGAUGCAGAAAAUGGCUCUUAGCAGCAGCAGCUCAAGUCGCAGCACUAAUGCAAAUGCACAGCCCAAACAAUAGUUGCCCUCAGGUAGGAAACACCCUAACUACCAUCCUCAAUCACCUGUUUAAAAUUUGUUUUUCAUGACAAGAUUUGAUCUGAUCUAACUCUUAGUUGACAGUGUAGUGUGACAUUUUUAUUACAUCGCUACAUUGGUUAAUUGAAAUUCAUUGCCGGACUGAAUGCAAGCUACUAGAUGUGGCUCAGAUUUGUCAUCACUAUAAUUGGAGCCAUUUAGAACUGUAUCUAUUUCUAAAAUGUCUAAUUGGAGCAGUGCUUAAUAAUAAUAAUGAAUAAGCAUAUUAGUUAAUGAUUAUAAAUCAACGAACUGUUAAAUAAGACAUUAUCGCUAGUCAUUGUAUCAUUCUCUGCUUAUUAAUAUAAAUAAAUAAAAGUGUUACAAAAAUAUGUUAAAUGAUAUGAUGUUUAUAGUAGCUUACAAAGGUUAAAUCUGAUAUAUUUCUUAUCUUUUAUAUUAUAGUCCGAAAUGUAACUUAGAUCUGAAUUUUAAUGUUGAAUCUUAAGAUCUGAUGCUAUCAGCAAUUUGCACAUGACAUUAUGAACAGUGUAUCUAUUGUAUAAUAUAUUUUACAGAUAUUUUUGAAACCUAUUAUCCUUAAAAAUUCUUCACUUAACCUUUGAAUAAUAAGUAGGUAGGUAAUAUAUGUUCUCUUUAAAUAUACUGACUAAUAAAUAGUAAUGUUGUUCUUAGGUAUGGUGAUAAUCAUUCAUUACUUAUGAUAAGAUCUGUUGCAAAAUUAACUAUUGUAAAGUGAUAA